AUGCCUAAAAGUGUAGAUGUCACCAGUACGCCUGCUAGCUGCUGGUUCCAUCAAUUUGAUGUCAAAAAUCAUUGCCGGAGUAAGGUCGCUAGUAAAAUAACUGCUGGUACAUUUAUGGAGUAUCGCUGGAGAGUCGCCGGAGUGAAACCCCUCCCAGUUGCUAGGGUCGAGUCGAUGAGAAUCGUAGUUCCAUCGGCGACCGGAGUGACAGAACAAGAAGGGAAUUUAGGGGGGGAAGGGGAAGGGACGAGUCAAACAAUCAGAUCGCAGAAAUUGGAAAUUGUGGCUAGACAAGGACCUUGCUUUCCAAAUCCUAAUACUCCAACAUCCGAGUCCAACCAACUUCGGAAUUGGGAUCAAGUUAGAGUUCGUUCGAUCAAUAAAAAACAUAAAGCUCAACGUGUUCCUUUUGAUAAUGAAGUUAAUAGUGAUCACGGUUACAAUACUGUGAAGAUAGGUCUUGGCACACCACGACAGGACUUUUACUUAAUGGUGGAUACUGGUAGCAAAUCGACUUGGGUGCAUUGCAAAUCCUGCACCAAAGGUUGCAAAUCAGACAAACCUCUCUUUGAUCCUUCAAAACGAUCGACGUAUACAAAUAAUACUGCUACGUGCAAUGGUCCAUUUAGUGUUCAUUAUGUAGAUAAAUCAUCUAUAAGUGGCACUUGGGGAUGUGAUACUCUUACUGGAGAUGAUCAUGAUCUUGGUGCAAUAAUGAAUUUUCGAUUUGGUUGUGGCCAAGAAAUUGACGGUGACUUUGGUGAUGCAUUUGGAGUAUUUGGACUUGGCAAAGGAGAAUCCUCUGUAACGUCUCAAAUUGGUUCAGCAAUGAAAAUGUUCAGUUAUUAUAUACCACCAAGAAGUGACCUAAAUGGAAAUUUAUAUUUUGGGAAUGAAGCCAGGGAAAAUUCCAACACUUGUUCAAACCAAUUUACACCAUUGGUAAAAGAUGAUUUAGUGAAUUACUAUGUUGAUCUAGUUGGUAUAAGUGUAGCGGGAAAAAAACUCAACGUAUCAUCGACAAUAUUCACUUCUCGAGGGACAAUUAUAGACAGUGGAACGGUCAUCACUCGAUUGCCACAAAUGGUAUACUCUGCACUUCGUAAUGCUUUUAGGCAGUCCAUGUUGACUUAUACAUUAUUAGACGAAGACGAUGAGCUCCUGGAUACUUGCUACAGCUUAGAGGGAAUUGAACAAUUUUUGUUGCCAGAAAUUAAAUUCCAUUUUGGACAAGGAAGUACUAUUGAUGUGACUUUGACAUACCAGGGAAAAAUAUGGACUCCACAUGAUAAUAAAAGAUCAAUAAUGUGCUUGGCUUUUGCUUCAACAAAGGGAGUCACCAUUAUUGGUAACGUCCAACAGCGUGGAUUCAAUGUGAUUUAUGAUUUGGAAGGGCAAAGAAUUGGAUUCGGCACUAAAUGUGCUUAG